GUUAAAUCUAAAGUUCAAUGAAACAAAAUGUCUCUAAUCUGUGAACAAAAUAAUCAACAAACACUUUAUAAUAUGUGUAUUGUUGUACAUUAAUGUACUAACUUUUUAUUUUUCAUAUUUUUUGUAAAGAAAUCUAUAAGUUCAAAAGGGAGAAAAAUUAAAAUAUGUCCAAUCCAGAAGAUAAAUCUAUGAAAUAUAAUGGCUUGGAUACCGACCCUUUACAAAGAUUACCUUCCUUCAAAGCACCUCGCGAUCUUACACUUGGAGCGAAUAAACCAAACAAAAAAGUAUUUACUCCGAAUUUAAAUGUAACGAGGAAUAAAAAUAAAGGGCCUACUUUAAAUAUAUCAAGAGAUCCCAAGAAAGACGACAAAGGGCGAAGAGAUCGUAAAAAUGAUCGGAAAAAUUUUAGGAACGGUCCUAAUAUAAUAAAGUCAGGAGGGGUGUUCUCAGAAGGUUUGGGCAGUUCUGAGAGGCACUAUAACCGCACAUCAUAUGGCAGGGACUCGGAGUCCGCUGCUGCAUUACAGAAACCCACCAUAAGGGUGAAGGAUGUCAUUAAAAUUGAUAAAGAAUUAGAAGAGCAGAAGAUAAAGUCAGUGGUGGGGGAUAGUAAUUACGAUGAUGACUCGAGUGUGGACUUCAAACGAGUCAUUGAGAAAGAUGCACCAGUCAAAUUACCUAUGGGUGAUGGAGGCUGGUUGCAAAACCAGACGAAGUCAACUGUGAAGGUAAAACAGGAGGUGGCGAUCAAGAGCGAGCCUGGAGACGAUGUAGACUGCGCCAUGGCUAUCGAAGACAAAAAACCAUUUGUAGAUAUAAAGCAGGAGGUAUUCGAAAAUACAGACGUGGUGAAUUUACUGAAGAGUGAUCAGCCUACGCUUAUAUUGCUACAGUUGCCAGACACCUUGCCAGGGCGGGGAGGUAGCAUGGAAGAUAAUGCGCCAAGACGGAAGCAGACAGAUCAGCCGUGUACUUCCACGGGGGAGAGCAAAGAGGAAAAACCGCAGACGGAAUCGGAAAAGGUUGAUAAUCGAUGCCGCUUGGCCGAUUUGGAAGAAGGCCGCAUUGGGAAACUGCGAGUGCAUCGGUCUGGCCGCGUGAGUUUAGCACUCGGGGACACCAUAUUUGAGGUUUACUCUGGCACCAAACCUGCGUUCUACCAAGAAGUGGUGUCGGUGGCUGUCGACGACGCGUCGCGCUCCGCCAACAUGGUGGCGCUGGGUCCCCUGCAGCACAAACUAAACCUCGUCCCCAACUGGGAGUCCAUGUUUCAAGACUUACCCAAGUAGUAACUGUAUCUAUAGUGUUUUGUAAAUAAAGAAAUUAUAAUGUUA